UUACAUUUCGAGGAAGGAGGGAUAACAGAGUGGUCACGGAUGUGCUCGAAGCACUUCACGCGGGAAUGCUUCAUAAAUUGGACAGAAUACGAAAUGGGGUUUGUGAGAUAUCUGUCAUUAACAGAUAACGCUGUCCCGUCAGUGUACACCGUUGGUACCUCACAAAGUUUGACGCCUGUAUCAAGUGAUGUGGCCUGUCAAUGUCAUGCACCAUCUUUGAAAAAUGUGUCAGUUCAAACGGAAACCCACAAGCAGAAAAGACGGAGUAAAGCUGUUCAGGUGAAGCCUUUAGGCCACUCUGUUGGUGUGAGUGUUGGUACAGGUAUUGGAGCGCCGUGUCUCACUUCAACACCAAUUAAAAGGCCACGCAUGGAAGACACUGUGUUCGAGGAGAGCUCAACAUACACGUCAAACCAGUGUUCAGAUGUCACCUAUGAGCCUGAUGUCACUCAAGAGAGCAUUGAAAAGGUUUGCCAACCACUAUACAAAGCCAGGAAAUACAUGGUGUAUGAAGAGAAUUUGCUACAGCUGUUUCGGAAGUGUCAAGCAUGCUGCCAUACCUGCACAGUUGAGAAAUUUGUAAAUGGGACAUUUGUAUCCAUCACACAGAUCUGUUCACACUGCCUCCAAAAAACAAAGUGGAACAGCCAGCCACACAUCCAGAGUACACCGGCUGGGAAUUUGCAUUUGUCGGCAGCAGUAGCCUUCAGUGGGGCUUCAUACAUACAGAUCCCACAAGGUUUGUCAUUUGUGUAA